AUGUUUGAAAAUUUUGGGACUGAUUACCUGGGGCAACUUCUGAAGCUUUUGCACGAACCAGAUACGAACAAGAGUAUCACGUUAGAUCAAAUGAUCGACGAGAUCAAAGCAUUGUAUGGUGCUGGUCAUCUUACAACGACAAGCUUACUUGGCUGGUCUGUUUUUCUCUUAGCACUUCACCCCGAAUGGCAAGAAAAAGCCAGAAAGGAAGUAGUUGCAUUCUGGAGGAAUUUCAUCACUUCGCAUGGCUCAAAACCAUACUUAUUUGUGACUGAACCAGAGCUGAUCAAAGAAAUAUUGUCCAACAAAGAAGAUACUUAUCCGAAAAUGGACAUGGAAGGCUAUGCGAAAAAACUACUAGGGGAAUCACUUGUAACAAAUGAAGGUGAAAAAUGGGGAAAAGUAAGAAAACUUGCCAACCACACUUUCCAUGCAGAAAGCCUGAAACGUAUGGUGCCAGAAAUGAGUGAAAGUGUUCAAAAGAUGCUAGAAAGAUGGAGAGAACACGAAGGAAAAGAGUUCGAUAUGCUUAAGGAUUUUAGACUGUUAACAACUGAAGUAAUUUCUAGGACAGCAUUUGGAAGCAGCUACAUGGAAGGCAAACUAUUUUUUUAUGAAAAAUUAUGCACAAUUUAA